UCUUCUCUGCCAUAUUUUUUUUUAAGAUGGUGAAACGAAUUCAUAAAUCGUUAAAGCGAUCAAGUGUAGAUCUAGACCCACCGGAAAACAAAAGUAUGCUACGUUUCACUGUCCUGUAUUUACGUGGUCCGUGAUAUAUAUAUAGCCCUGACAUAAAAAAAGACCGAAAAAAAUACUGACUCCUUCUCAUUUGUCAAUCUGCAAAACAAUAAAGACAUCAUUAUGGGUUCACUCUUAAUCCUUAAACCCAUCGUGUUAUAUCUUGUAGCGCUUGGUAUCUUGGUAGCCUCAUUGUCUUACAUUUUCCAAACCUGCAAAGAUCUGGUGCUAGACACUGUAUGCCCCAUGCCGAUGCUUGGGACGUAUUUACCCAUGUGUCGCCAUUACAUUCGUAGCGUACCUGAUUUCACACAUUUCGUCAAACUCCAGGAAUCAUUGUACGACGGCAUGCUAUCGCAGGCCAAUGCAGACUCAAUUUCUGCGCUCGAAUUAAAGAAAGUGGAGCUGGCGACACGCGAUUUACAAGUGAUGAUCAAGUAUUCCAACCUGCUCAGCCAUGAUCUAUUAGAGGCCAAAUUGGGAGAAUAUAUCGCUCGCUCACGACGAUUCGGACGAGAUAUCCAGAGCUUGCAGGCUCAGACCAAGGGCGUGAUUGAUAAUUUGAUCACGUAUAAUACCUUCACCUUUCGAAAAUUGCAGGAGGUGGAGACCAAGAAAUCGAGUCGACAGGAUUUAAGGACGCUGUAUGAACAGGCAAUGAGUUUAGUAGAAAAGGAAGCAAAGAGGUUGAUCCUGGCCAUCGAAAAAGCACAGAGCUCACUGGAUUUGCUGGAGGAAGACUUGUAUGCUGUGCAUGAGAUUUCUAUGCAGGAAAAAACUUACCAGAAAUCAGAAAAACCGGAUAUUUUAGCGGAUUUGGUGAAUAUGGUACGUGGCAAAGGUACAAGAAGAUCAUUGAUCAAUGAGAAUCUGGAACUGUUGGUGAAUUUUGACUUGGGUCGAAGUCGGGCUGCUGCUCAACUGAUGGUCAUGCUCGAUCGUAUGGAGGCUUUUCAAAUGGAUCUGGAGGAAUUAAGAGCUCAAGUCGUAGCUCCCAUUUUGGUGCCAGACUCUUUACCUCUGGAAAUGCAUAUUGAAAACGUCGGUAAAGCCAUUGAACGGCUUAAGAGUGGAAAGGUUAUUUCUUGGGAAGAAAAGGCACAGAUUGAAUAAAAA